AUGCACACCACGCAAAAGGACACGACCUACACCAAGAUCUUUGUCGGGGGUCUUCCUUACCACACCACGGACUCCAGUCUCAGGAAAUAUUUUGAAGUUUUUGGAGAGAUUGAAGAGGCGGUGGUCAUCACCGACCGGCAGACCGGCAAGUCCAGAGGAUAUGGAUUUAAUUGGCUGGGGGAAAAAAAGCGUCUGAGCGCACGAGAGACCGCAUUCCUGCGUGUGCGCGCGCGGCUGCUGGCUUUCACAACACGGUGA